CCCUCGGAACCAAAGCGCUAGGCCCCGCCCGGUCGGGGGCUGCGUUUCCCGAGCACCGAGGGGCGCGGCCUGGCCAGCGGGGCGGGCCGCGCGAGGAUCCGCGAGAGCGGCGGGGGCAGGCCGAAGGCGCGGCGGGGCGCGGAGAAGCGCGGGCCGCCAGACCAUGCUGAGGGCCUCGUGCGGCUGGCUCGCCUCAGCGCUGCGGGGGACGCGCGCGCCGCCGUCCGCAGUGGUCCGUCGGUGCCUGCGCGCGUCCGGGGCGCGGCAGUCGGCUGACAAGAGCGAGAGGACGGAGGGGACGGAGGAGCCGGCCCGCGGCUUCGACCCGGCGCUGCUGGAGUUCUUGGUGUGCCCGCUCUCCAAGAAGCCGCUCAGAUAUGAAGCAUCAACAAAUGAAUUGAUUAAUGAAGAGUUGGGAAUAGCCUAUCCAAUUAUUGAUGGGAUUCCUAAUAUGAUACCACAGGCAGCUAGGAUGACACAUCGAAAUAAGAAGCAAGAAGAAAUGGAGCAGCACUAGAUCAUAAUUAAAAACA